AUGUCGGGUUCCGGAGGAGUUUCAAUCGCACGCACAGCGAUCCGCGGAGAGAAUCGGUUCUACAACCCGCCGCCGAUGCGGAGGAUGCAGCAGGAGGCGCAAUUGCAGCAGCAGAUGAGGGAGAAGCUGCGUCGGGAAGAGGAGGAGCAGGUGUUGAUGGAUAAGGAGCGUAAGGCUGUUGCAGCCGCCGCGAUGCCGCCGCCGCCACGGACGAGGAAAGGGGUCGGCGUUGUUGGUCCGACGGAGAGUAAGAAACGGGUGGUUUCUGGGUCGGAAGUAUGCGUCGGCUCAUCUGAUUCUUCCGGGUCGGGUCGGGUUCCAAGCGACGGGUCGAACUUGGAUCGGUUCCUGGAGCACACCACCCCCGUUGUUCCUGCCCGGUUUCUUCCCAUGAGGAGCAGGAGGGAAGUUAAAACCCAUGAAUCGGAGUGCAAUUCAUAUUUUGUUCUGGAGGAUCUGUGGGAGUCAUUUGCGGAGUGGAGUGCAUAUGGUGCUGGUGUUCCUUUGCAAAUGCAAGAGAGCGACUCCACUGUGCAGUACUAUGUGCCUUACUUAUCGGGGAUUCAGUUGUAUGUAGACCCAUCAAAGAGGCCCAACAGAAAUUCAGUUGAAGAGAAAGAAGGAAGUAGUGAAGGAAGCAGCAACAGUAGGCUUGACAAGUCGUCUAAGCGUCUGCAGAGUGCGGUGGACUUGAGUGUCAGCGAUCUGAAUAGAAUUAGUCUGAGAGAUCAAUCCUCUGCUGGUUCGUUGUCAAGUGGAGAGACUGAGAUCAGCAAUCCUCAGGGACGGUUACUUUUCGAGUACUUGGAGUAUGAACCUCCGUUUGGUCGAGAACCUUUGGCUAACAAAGUCUUGGAUCUCGCGUCAAGAUUUCCUGAGCUAAUGACGUAUCGGAGCUGUGAUCUUUCUCCUUCAAGUUGGGUCUCUGUGUCAUGGUAUCCAAUAUACAGAAUACCGGUUGGUCCAACGUUACAAAAUCUCGAUGCCUGCUUUCUAACUUUUCACUCUCUCUCAACAUCACCUCCUCAGAGUUCUAUGGGCUCUAGCGACUUAGAGCAGUCUAUAAAACUACCGUUGCCUACUUUUGGUCUAGCAUCUUAUAAGCUCAAAGUAUCUGUAUGGAAUCCAAACAGAGAUGAAGAGCGCCAAAAGAUGUCUUCUUUGCUACAAGCUGCGGACAAAUGGCUCAAGCGUCUGCAAGUCGAUCAUCCAGACUACAGAUUCUUCACCUCCAAUAGUCCACAAAUGAGGUGA